AUGGGCAAGUUUAGCAAGGCACUUUUUAUCUUCCGCAGAGACUACAGACUCUUCGACAAUACAGGAUGGAUUGCGGCGGGGAAGGCGUCGGAAAAAAUCAUUCCAGCCUUCAUCUUCACCCCUGAACAGAUAGAUGAUUCGAAGAACAGCUACAAGAAUCACAACUGCGUGCAAUUCAUGAUCGAGUCGCUCAAGGAUCUUGACCAACAGCUUUCCGGCAACUUGAACCUCUUCUACGGAGACAAUGCAGAAGUUGUUUCGCACAUGAUUGACGAGUUUGGAGUCGAAGCUGUCUACGUCAACGCAGACUACACUCCCUAUUCGAAGAAACGCGAUCGUGAAAUUGAAGGAAUUUGCGAGAAGAAUGGCAUUCCCUUUGUCUCAUCUCAUGACAUGUGUCUCGUUGAUCCAGGAAAAAUCGCUCUCAAGGAAGGCACAAAAUUUGAGCCUUCUUUUUUCAACAAAGUGAUGGAACUGAGAAAGACCAAGUCGCGACCGGCUCCAGAAGUGCCUACUGAAAAGAUUCCGAAAUCGAAAUACUCAAUUGACUGGAAAAGAACGAUGAACUUCUACGAUCCGAACGACAAGAUUGAGCUCAAGGGAGGGCGAUCUAUCGCACUAGAGAUCAUCGAGAGAGUAAAGACGGACAAGUUUCAAAAGCAGUACGGAUGUGUGCCCACAGCAUUUCGAGAGGGAACAUUUCCGAAAAUGAAGACGACAGAACUGGCGGCGUAUCUAAGAUUCGGAUGCGUGUCUAGCAGGGAAGUUGUUGAGGAAUGGGAAAAGCUUAACAAACGUAUGCUGAUCACCCAAACGAUUCGACGCGACUACUGGGUACACAUGUUCCAUAACUUUCCACACCAGAUGGGCAUCGGGGAGCCCGGUAAGUGUCUCAAACUCAAGUUUGAAGACGUCAAGUGGAAUGAACGCCAAAACGAGUUGUUCGCUGCGUUUGAAGAUGCUCGCACUGGCUUCCCAUUCAUCGAUGCGAUGGUGACGGAGUUGAAGACGCGUGGCGACGUUCGUCACUGGGCCCGACUCUGCUUGGCAAACUUUCUGACGAAGAUCCUCCACGUGGACUGGCGCAAGGGCGAAAAAUUCUUCGCCCUUCACCUUAUCGACUACGAUCCGAUUGUAAAUAACGGCAACUGGCAGUACUGCGGUGGCACCGGCACUGGCAUCGCGCAUCGACCCGAUAUCUACAACCCCUGGAACCAAAGCAAAAAGUUCGAUAAAAGUGGCGAGUACAUCCAAAAGUGGCUUCCGUUUCUCAAGAAAGUCGGCGCCGCACACCUUCAUUCUUGGGAUGACAAGCACAAACUUUACAACCUCGACAAGAUGGACUACGUCAAGCCAGUGGUGGACUACGCCAAAGCGAGAAACUAUACUCUCACUAUGUUCAAAGUCUAG